GGCCAAGUCCGGGGGCGGGGCCGGGCCUGGGAGAGGCGCUGGGCGGCCUCGGCCAAGAGAUCUCAGCAGAGCCGGCGCCUUUGCGGCCACUGCCGUUGUCGCAGCUCCGCUGCCCCAGCACCUGCUGCCCUCGCCCGGCCCUAGGCACCGCUGCCAUGCGGCUGGCACUGCUCUGGGCGCUGGGGCUCCUGGGCGCCGGAAGUCCCAUGCCCUCGGGGCCCCUCUUGGACACAGGUCAAAUGAGGGAGCAACUCCUACUGCCAGAAGGGCUGCCCAGAGGGUACUCAGAGCCGAAGGUUUUCCAGGGCAACAUCACCCUCAAUCUCUCAGAAACCCUCCAGGACAGGCUCCCCCAGAAAUUGCAGAUCAAGCUAGAGCUGGAGGGUAAGAGCCACAUCUUGGAGCUGCAACAGAAUGGGGAGCUGGUCCCAGACACCCCAACCCUUGUGUGGUACCAGCCUGAUGGCACGCAGGUGGUAAAUGAGGGAGACACUCUGGAGAACUGUUGCUACCAAGGGACAGUACAAGGCCACCCAGACUCCUGGGUCUCUGUUUGCACUUGUUCUGGACUCAGAGGGCUGGUUGUCCUAUCCCCGGAGAAAGUAUAUGCCUUAGAUCCCGGGCCAUGGGGAGUUACCCAUAUCUCCAAGAUAGAAGAUAUUCACCUCACAGGAGGUACCUGUGCCCUGAACCCAGGAUCCCGUGUGUUCACCCAGGCACAGUCAGAGCUCAAGCUGGGCCUGCAUCAUCUACAUCGGAGUAAACGGGAUGUGGUGUCAGAGACAAAGUUUGUGGAGCUGGUGAUUGUGGCUGACCAUAAGGAGGUGAAGAGAUACCCAGACCUCCACCAACUACAGACCCGUAUGCUAGAAGUGGCUAACCAGGUGGACGCGUUCUUUAGGCCCCUGAAUGUACGGGUGGCAUUGGUGGGCGUGGAGGUCUGGAACGACAAGGACAUGAUCACGGUGGACAGAGAUGCAGGCAUGACACUAGAACGCUUCCUCCGCUGGCGUCAGGCAGAGCUGCUCCCUCGAGUGCCGCAUGACAGUGCCCAGCUGGUCACGACCAGCCUGUUUCUGAACUCUGCAGUGGGCAUGGCAGUACAGAAUUCCAUCUGCUCUCCAAGCCUCUCAGGGGGUGUGAAUGUGGACCACUCAGUGAGCAUUCUGGGUGUGGCAUCCACCAUGGCCCAUGAGCUGGGGCACAGCCUGGGCCUGGCACAUGAUCCCCCGGGAGGCAACUGCCCAUGCCCAGGCCAGCCUCCUGCUAAGAGCUGUAUCAUGGAGGCUGCCACAGCAUUCCUGCCUGGUCUGAGUUUUAGCAGCUGCAGCAGAGAAGCUUUGGAAAAGGCACUUCUGAGGGGAGCAGGUGGCUGCCUCUUUUCUCGGCCACCUCGUCUGGCCCCCCGCCCUCCUCGAUGUGGGAACCUAUUUGUGGAGCCUGGUGAACAGUGUGACUGUGGCUUCUGGGAGGAGUGUUCUGAUCCCUGCUGUAAUGCCUCCAGCUGCCAGCUGAUGCCCGGAGCUCAAUGUGCUUCAGAUGGUCUCUGCUGUCAAGAUUGCCAGUUGCGCCCAGCGGGAUGGUUAUGCCGCCCAGCUCGGGGGGACUGUGACCUGCCUGAGUUCUGCUCGGGGGACAGCACCCAGUGUCCCUCGGAUGUCAGCCUGGGGGAUGGUGAGCCCUGUGCAGGGGGCAAAGCUGUCUGUGCUGCUGGGCAUUGUGCCUCUUAUGUUGCCCAGUGCCAGGCACUUUGGGGUCCUGGUGCCCGUCCUGCAACCCCUUUCUGUCUCCAAGCUGCCAACACACGAGGAGAUAGCUUUGGGAACUGUGGGAAACAGUACAAUGGCAGUUAUGUGCCAUGUGCCCCUCGAGAUGUCAGCUGUGGGCAACUCCAGUGCCAAGGUGGUAGUGUCCACCCCCUAUUGGGCACUGCUCAGGAUAUGCUCACAGAGACCAUUGAGACCAAUGGAACACGCCAGACCUGCCGAUGGACACACCUAGAACUGGGAAGUGAUGUGGCCCAGCCCUUUCUGGCCUUGAUGGGCACUGCUUGUGCCCCUGGACAGGUUUGCAUUGACCAGAGGUGUCAGCCAGUGGAACUUCUGGGGGCAGAGGAGUGUCGGAGCAAGUGCCAUGGGCAUGGGGUCUGCAACAGCAAUGGACAUUGCCACUGUGAUCAGGGCUGGGCACCGCCUGACUGCUCCAGCCAAGGCUUUGGGGGCAGUGUGGACAGUGGGGCCCUGGGACAGCAGCCCAAAGCAAACGGGGGCCUGACUACAGGAUUACUCCUCAGUCUCCUCCUUCUGGCACUGCUGAUGCUUCUUGGAGCUUGCUACUGGCACCGUACCCAUUUACGCCGGAGACUCUGCCAGUUUAAGGGGACCAGUUCCCAGUAUAGGGAAACGGCUGUGGCCCAGGUUCGAUUUCUCCAUGGGGGUGUCUGUGCCAAUGGUUACAGGACAUCCCCAUCUGGUCCCCCUGAGCGUCCAGGUCCACCUCAGAGGACUCAGGCAACAGAACUACAGUUGAUGCCUAGCACCAAGUCUGGUGCUCUUGGUCACCCUGACCCCCCCUCCCGGCCGCUCCCGCCAGACCCUGUGCCCAAGAGACUACAGGCUGCACUGAUUGAUCGACCCAACCCCCCCACCCGUCCGCUACCCGCCGACCCGGUGGUGAGGAGCCCACAGGGGCCUGCUAAGCCCCCACCUCCAAGGAAGCCACUGCCCUCCUACCCCCAGGGACGGCUUCUCUCAGGCGAAGGGCCCGAUGAAGACAGCUCGGUGCCCCUGGUCGUGCCCUCUAGACCUGCGCCUCCGCCCCCAACGGCCUCUGGGACAGCUCUCCGCGUCUGACUUCGUCCUGGGGCAGUGAGAUCACCGAGAAGUCACUAUGGGCCCCCAUUUCCCCGACGUCCAACUCGAGGAGCCUGUGGAAGUGAAGCCUGCCCGCUCUGCUAGGACUGAGGAGCCUCGAGCGGAAGCCGAGGACCAGCAUUCUUAUGGCACUAUUGGAGUUCCUGAAAGGCGAAGCAUGAGAUGGAACCCCGCACUGUUGACUCUGGGAUGGGGGGGAAGCAGGGAGAGGGACCACGUAUAGAGGGGUGGGAGUGGGCCCGGUGCUGCUGGGGCUCAGCUGCAAUAAACUGAGACCUGGAA